AUGAAGCUGAACCCCAAGAAAUGUGUGUUCGGAGUGAAAUCGGGGAAAUUCUUGGGUUUCCUUGUCAGCGAGAGAGGCAUAGACGCAAACCCAGAUAAGGUAGAAGCAAUACUCAGUCUGCCCCAACCAAAAAGCAUCAAAGAUGUACAAAGGCUGACAGGAAGAAUGGCAGCUCUGACAAGAUUUGUUAGCAAAUCAGCCGACAGGUCGAUCCCAUUUUUUAACACUCUUAAGCAGAACGGAAAAUUCCGGUGGGGAGAAACCGAGGAAAGGGCCUUUGAGAAGGUAAAAGACCAUCUUCGUGCUUUGCCGACGAUAGCCAGGCCGGAAGAGGGCGACAAGCUACAGUUGUAUGUGUCCGCUUCAGCCCAAACCGUUGCUGCCGUACUAAUCAGUGAAAAAGACAAAGUCCAGCAGCCGAUAUACUUUGUCAGCCACAUUUUGAAUCCGGCAGAAGCGAGAUACUCGCUGAUAGAGAAAGUUGCCUAUGCAGUCCUGAUAGCCGCCAGAAAGCUCAGACCAUAUUUUGAUGCACAUACCAUACAAAUCCUGACGAACUUCCCACUAGAGAAGGCUUUGCAAAAAAUGGAUACAGCCGGCAGGCUGUUGCGAUGGGCAAUAGAGCUGUCGGAGUACGAUCUUGAGUUUCACCCGCGCAAUGCAAUAAAAGCACAAGCCUUGGCCGACUUCGUAGUUGAAGCAUCUUAUCAAGAGGAUGAAACCAAAGCAGAAUCCUGGGAAGUAUCAGUGGACGGGUCAGCCGCUCAGUCGGGAGCGGGAGCCGGCGUUGUCAUGACCUCUCCGACAGGAGAUAAGUUCGAAUACGCAAUCAGAUUCACUUUUGCAGCUUCGAACAACGAAGCAGAAUAUGAAGCAGCCAUUGCAGGGGUACAGCUAUGUUUGUUGGCAGAUGCCAAGAGGAUAGUAAUGACAACAGAUUCUCAGUUGGUGGCAAAUCAGUUUUCGGGAGAGUAUGAAACAAAGGAGCCAUCAAUGCGGCGGUAUCAAGAAAAACUGAAGACGCUGACAGCGAAAUUAGAGGCUUUUGAGAUCAAGUUGGUCCCUAGAGCGUUGAACACUGCCGCAGACAGCCUAGCAAAACUGGCCAGUUCGAAAGCAAUCGAGCUCAGUCGAUCAGUAAUGAUAGAAAUCAUGCACAGAAGGAGUACGGAUGAAAAAGGAAAAGAAAUAAUGGUCAUCACGGCAAACAAAGAGUGGUACGACGAUAUCUGGACGUACAAGACAACUGGAGUGCUCCCGGCCGAUAUCAGGGAGGCAAAGAAAAUCAAAAAAGACGUCUGCUGGUACGUCAUAUAUCAGGGACAACUCUAUAAAAGAGCAUUCAGCCUCCCCCUGCUGCGGUGUUUGACGGCAUACGAAUCAGCAAGGUUAAUCGAAGAAAUGCAUGAAGGAAUAUGCGGAAACCAUGUAGGAGGAAAAACACUCGCUUUGAUCUGCCAAAGACAAGGUUACUACUGGCCAACCAUGCUCGAAGACGCACAGAGCUACGUCAAGAAAUGUGAAAAAUGCCAGCUAUUUGCCUCAGUAAUACGUAUGCCAGCAAACGACUUGAUGCCCAUUCUGAAUCCAAUUCCAUUCGCCCAGUGGGGAAUGGAUAUUGUAGGACCCUUCACAACAGCCUCAGGAGGCAGGAAGUUCUUGAUUGUUGUCGUCGAUUACUUCACAAAAUGGAUUGAGGCCGAGCCGGUAGCCAAGAUAACAGCCAACCAGGUACGGAAGUUCAUCUGGAAAAACAUCAUAACAAGGUUUGGAAUACCGACAGCAAUAGUAUUCGACCAUGGAUGCCAGUUCGACUGCGAACCUAUACGAGCAUUCUUGGCAGACUACCGGAUCAAGUUCGCAUACGCGUCAGUCUGCCACCCACAGAGCAACGGGCAAGCCGAGGCUGCAAAUAAACAAAUACUCGUAGCCCUUAAGAAAAAGCUGGAUGAGUUCAAAGGCAAGUGGGAAGACACAGUCCCAGAGGUUCUAUGGGGUAACAGAACGACGGUUAAAGAAGCAACGGGAGAGAGCCCUUUCAAACUAUGCUUCGGAUCAGAAGCAGUCAUACCGGCUGAAGUAGCACUACCCACCUUCCGCAUCCAGCAUUAUGAAGAACAGGGAAACGACAGCUUACUCAGGCACCAGCUAGAUUUCUUACCAGAGGUCAGACUGCAGGCGGAAAUUAAGUCGGCUGCAUACAAGAACAGAAUGAGCAGGGCCUACAACAAGCGAGUAAAACAUAGGAAUCUAGAGGUAGGCGACCUUGUACUUCGCCGGACGGCAGCAACCGGCAAAGCUCAAAAACAAGGAAAACUGACUGCAAAUUGGGAAGGGCCCUACCAGAUAUGGGAAGAAGUGGUAGCUGGAUCAUACAGACUAAUGGAGAUGGAUGGAACACCGCAGAAGAACUCAUGGAACGCAGAUACUUUAAGAAAAUUCCAUGUAUGA